AUGUGGAUUGUGGUGCUUUUUCUCAACUUGGGGGCUUUGUGCAGUAUAGGUAAGUGUUGAAACAGUUUAACUUGACUUUUGGUCAUUUUUUUUUACAGGUGUUCCUUAGAAGAAUCAUGUGCCUCUGUGGUCAAAUUAAAGCUAUAAUUGGCGAGUUUGAAUACAGUGUAGCCACGCCAUUGUUAAUAGGCCUAGUGACAUGUUGUUUAGGUUCUCUGAGUUAUUGGCUGGUUUGGAUAUCACUCUAAAGCAAUAUCUUCUCUGUGAAAACCACAGACCACUGUUUGUCCAUUGGGUUUAAUUAGAUAGUUUUUUUUUUUUUGACAGGGACAGAACAUCAAGCAUUGUUGUAUCUAAUUAAAGAGUAACCGAUGCUGUGUAUGCAGGACUUCUAGCCGUGGCCAAUUUGCAGUCCUCGUCCCUGGUUAGACAGCAGGAAAUACAGCACAUGAUACAUAAACCACUAAAUAUAACUAACAUUAUAGCAGGUGCAGACAGGCAAUGAUAUGUUUGCAUAAAAACAACAAGAAAGCAGACAAAACGAGCAGUUUCUUCUAUGCAAAAAAAUCUCGACUUACAUACACACGCACGUAGAUUCACGUAUACAUACCACAAUAUACAUAUAUGUAGGUUGGUGUUCACAGAUUUGCCUUUGUUUCAGCCAUAGUUUUGUUUGAUAUUGAAGGCUUUGGGGUUUUUAUUCCUACUGGUAAUUUAUUCCAGAUCUGUGGACCUUUGACUGAACUGGCCAAAAGUUGUCCUGCGCUCCACUGACUGCUCCUCUCGUAGAAACUCCUUUAUAUGAGUAUUUCUGGGGCAAAGCCAUUUACACACUUAAAAACCAGUUCAAGAAAUGAGAGAUUUGUGAAACUUUCGAAGCUCAACAAGUUGUACUUGUGUAAAACUAUGCAGUGGUGUCAUUUUAUUGGCUUUUGAGUGAGUGUUUUUAAGAUUUGUUUGUAUAAUGACAGCAUAGGCUUCAUUACAAACUGUGUGGCUUGGUCCUAGACAGUUAGGCAAUAGGAGAAGUGAGAGAGAAUCAUGGAGUGCAUGUAAAAUUGGGCAGCAGUUCAGAUGAGUUUUGAUGGUUUUGUAUACUUUUUUGAUAUGUCCUUCAAAUUUUAGCGGGAAAUCAAAGAUGACACCUAGAUAUUUAAACUCAUUUACUUUCUGUAUUUGUUUUUUUUUGUUUUUGCCUGAUGGAAAAACACAAGGAAACAGUAUUUUCACAAUUUAAGGUUAAGAAGUUGCUUUUUAGUCACUGUGAACCCCCUGCCAAUCACCUACUUAAAGACAAUUGGCAGUUUAAAUCACUGUGCCAUAAUCUGCCUCAUCACGCAAGUUGCGCUGAAACUAUUAUGCAAAUCGUUUUUACACAGAAAUAAUUCAUGGUGUCAUCUUAACCCUUGCAGCUGUUAAUCAUUGCAUGAGAGCCUGACGCAGUGAUAAAAAAGUUCAUUUAUUCAGAAGUAAAUCCCAAGUGUCAACAUGUCCUUAUGCUGCCGUCACACUAAUGUGUCUUUGAUUAACUUUCCUCUGCACAUGGAUUGUCCAUGUUUAAUAAAAAUAGGUCACUGCCCUGCUAUUUGGGCGGGUAUCAAUUCGCAGCCUGGAAUUAAUUAUGUGUUGAGCUCUACUUUGAGUUCAGGCUCAUUGUUAAAAGAAACCUCUGAACCUGAAUCUCAGGAUCGCACUAGUUCUCCUCAAUGAUUUAAUGCUGGGCUUUGAAUUUCUAUUUUUAAAUGAUAUAUAGAGAGAGUUUAAAUAUUUAGUUCAGUUGUACAAUAAGGGUUAUGUGUUGUGGUGUUAAACAAGCUGCCAAUUUUGCACACUCACAACUUUGACUGUUCUUCACAUGAAUUUCCAUUUAAGAGGGUUACCCUGGGAUCUUUGGGUUGGACUUCCAGUGCAAAACAUCAUUGACUGAAUACUCGCUGCUUUCAAAAGACCCUUUCAUAACCUGUUUGGCCUAAUCUUUAAGGCUCAUCCCUCCUUUGUGGUGGUAAAAAUGAGCUGGAGGAACUUUUUAAUCAACAUUUUAACUCCUUAAAAAGCAGCUCCUUGGACAAAAACUUAAGGGUACUUUUUGUGGAAGCUAAGAUAAUUCAUGGUAGUAGCAAAAUACCUUUGUCCAGUGAUAAAUAAAGAGGAAGUUAAAGUGGACCCAACCACCCUGCAUGAUAGGAUCACAUUUUCUUCAUUGUAUGAUGAGAAACAUGAUUGCAAUUUAGAUAUCGGUAAUCUUUCUCAAACUUUUUUCUCCCUUUUCUCCUCAGUCUCCUCCUCUCCUCCCAGCCCCACUGAAGUCAGUUUCUCCUCUAUCAAUCUGAGGAAUUUGCUGCAGUGGUCUCCAGGAAAAGGCACUCCUAAUGACACACACUACAGCGUGCAGUAUGCCAUGUCAGUGAAGUUUUUUUUUUCAUAUUUAAAAAUGUAAAAUAAAGUGAUCGUCUCCAGGUUUGGACAAAGCAGUGGCAUUUCUACGUCACUCUCUUUACAAACAUCACUCAGUCAAAGGUGUUGGACAGUUUUCAGGAACUCUCACAGGAAUUAUAAACAAAGAGAAGUAGAGAGAGGAGACGGGUACAGAAACAAAAGAAAAAUGUAACUAGAUCUAACAAACAGCCUCUGUAAGAUUAAGUUUCAAGCUCAGGGGGAUGGAAAGCUGAGUGGAACAUUUACAGCACACUCACUUCUCUCUUUCUGCUUGUUUUUUCAGCUAUGGAGACAGUGUCAACGGCAGCAAAGGGAAACGGGUGAAUUGGAGGUCGGUGCAACACUGUACAGAAGUGGUGCGCUGCUGGUGUGACCUGAGCAGUGAGACAUGGGAUCUGGAGCAGGGGUACCACGCCAGGGUUCGAGCUAGGAGCGGGAGAGCAUUCUCCAAAUGGGCUUUGACAAGGAGGAGGUUUGACCCGAAGUCAGACAGUAAGCUUGAGUAAUACUCUUCCUGGAAAAGUGACACACAAGAAGAGGCCGGAAUAAGAGAGUUCAGAUGUCUCAACUUUGAAUUAUUUAAAAUAUUCACCAGCUCCACCUUAAUUAUGACUUUUUAUUAACACCAAAUCUGCUUAUCAACUCAAAAUAUAUCAAAUCACCAAUGCUAAUCUUUAAAAAAUCAUUUUUUUAUAGCUGUAUUUGGCCCUCCAUCGGUUACAGUGGAUAUAGAGGACAACAAUGCCAUCAUCACCAUAAAGGGACCAAUGAGGUAUCAGCCCGGCAACCAAACCCCAGCAGUUCCCAUGGCAACACUAUAUGACCAGAUGACUUACAACAUCUCUGUUCACAACGUCCGUAGAGGCCUGAUGGUGGGUGGAACUGAAUAAAUCUCGAAGAAAGGUUGUCAAAUCAAGAACACCUUAAAGUUUUUCCACAGAGGUGACUAAUGUGUGUUUGUGUUUGUGUGUAGAGUCAUUUCCCAGUUGUCUUCAAUCGGUACAAAUAUCGCCUGAUGAAGUACGAUACAGAGUACUGCUUCUCUGCCAGGGCCAGGUUUCUCUCCAUGCCUGUGCAGUGCCUGUCCUCCGAAUGGCACUGCAUAACUACGCCUCCAGGUACAGCUGCACCGAGAGUGCUCUGAAUACUUCUUCCCCGUUUGACAGGUAGCAAGGAAUGUAAUCAAACUUGUCACACAGGUGAAGGCUGGUUCAAUGUGAGAUGUCUAUUAUGUUUGUUUAAGGGUGUAUUUCUUAUUGAACGCAACAGAUUCUGGUCUUACUUCAGAGCAUGUUUAUACGUACCAUUUAGAUUCAUGCAUGUUUAGAUACAUCUGUGUAAUGCUGAUUCUGUCUCUGUCUAGAUCCUUGGAUUGCUCAGCUGCAGUGGGUGUUCGUGGGCAUCAUUGUUCCAUCUGCAUGCAUAUGUAUCUUAGUCGUGAUCUGCUACGUUCUCUAUCAGUACCUGACUGGGAAAGGACAGAAGAGCCCAUACACACUGGUAAUCCAAACACACAUGCAUGAAAAACUAUAAAUAACAGUUUAAAGGUCCAGUAAGGAGUUUUUCAUUUCUUAUAAAACAAAUUAAGACUUAUACUGAUGCUUUUUUAAAGCAAACUAGACCAACAGUAUAAUAAUGGAGAAAUUCUGUGAUGUAAUUUUUGAUGCUACAACAGCUGUCAUAGGGUUAAACAAGACCAACCUGCUGAAGAAACAGCCUAAUGGGUGGUGUCCAUAGCAGUUUCAUAUCCACUGAGUAAUUAAUCUGGCUGUUAAAGGAAGCAAGAUGAAAUACUUUGCAGAAAACAUUACUCACACAUGUACAGAAUAAGUGGAGCAAAUAGUUGCGGUGCUACUUUGACCACAAGGUGCGCCAAAUUUGACACAAACUGAUAGUUGCUCACAGGAGCUUUGAGCACUUAAAAGGGAUAUUCCGGUGUAAAAUUAAUUUAGGUUCAAACGCACCGUAACACCGAGUUAGACACCCCCUCAAGAGAUGAAUGUUGCCGACCGCUUGCUUCUCUAGUUAAACCAGCUUCAGUUAUGACUGCAGGAUAGCAAUACACAGUGGUCUGAGGAGUCAUAAACAGACCUCAACAAAACCGCCACUCUAUAGACAUAAAUAAUGCUCAAAACAGCACCUAACUUUAUCAACAGUACAUAUAAGGUCCUAGCCACAGCACUAGCCACCAAACAUCUUUUUAACUUUUCCUAAUUUCUUCAGCAAAGAGACUAAACACAACUCAUCCGCUCUCUUCAUGGAAAUGCAAUCAGACUGAGACACUAAGGCAGAAGAACUACCAUGUCAGCUGUGCAAAAUGAUUAAGAUGGUGAUUAUUACUUCAAGGAAAUGAUCAUAAAUGUUCUUCCUUGAGCUGUGUCACCCCGCAGCAGUCUAUAAUGGACUGGCCUGAGGUCUCCCUACAAACAAGCGGCUGCUGGAAGAGAGUGGAUGAGUUGUGUCAAGUCUCUUUGCUGAAGAAAUGAGGAAAAGUUAAAGAGAUUUUUGGUGGCUAGUGCUGUGGCUAGGACCUUAUAUUUACUGUUGAUGAAGUUAGAUGCUGUUCUGAGCAUUAUUUGUAGCUAUAGAGUGACGUUUUGGUUGAGGUUUGUGCUGGCUCCUUAAACUGCUGUGCAUUGCUAUCGUGCGGUCGUUACUAAAGUUGGUAUAACUAGAGAAGCAAGCGGUCAGCAAAAUUAAUCUCUCGAGGGGGUGUCUAAUCCUGUGUUAUGGUGUGUUUGACCCUAAAUUAACUUUACGCCAGAAUAUCCCUUUAAAAUGGCUGAAUACAAGAAACAAUAUAGAGGAAUAAACGUUUUUGGUUGUGAUACCUUAUUAUUGGCUGAAUUCUAUGGUGUAAGUGGUCUGUGUUGAAAGAACAAUGUCAGUUAUGUUAUGUUUACAUCAAAAAUGCUUUUCUUUAAAACUCCAGAAUCCACCAUCCUUUCAUUCACCUCCUCUGACGUUUCCCCCGGAGACUCCAAAAAUCCUCCAGAUCCAAAUGGGGUGGCCAUUAGACCAAGACAUUAUAGAAUCUGUUCGUGCAUUCCCCUGGAAUAAAGAGCAACCCACCACAGUUCCCCCGCCUACAUACACGGCUCAAAGGUCUGAACCAUCCCAUGAGCCUGCAGGACCCUGCAAUGAUCCAUCUGUGGACUAUGGGUUUGUUUGCCAAGCAGGCGAAGAAGGAGAGACAAGACAUCGUGGAGGAGAAGAAGGAAACAAUGAGAGCGAUUCGUCCCAGGAAUGGAGAGUUGAAGGUGAUCACUUUACUGAGGCUUAUGCUCCUCAGACGAAGUCCUGUCAUUCACAGAGGCUGAUCAUCACCUCCUCAGAAGCACCGAUGCCGAAGCACAGAAAGGAGCACUCACUCUUGUAAGUGCACAUGCAUUUUUACAAGCAAAUUCAGUUGUACCACACCAGAGUCAGAGGUCAGGUUUGUUCAUAGAUAGAGCUCCACAAACCUUCAAUAUGCCUUUAAAUGUUGAAUCAACAACAGAAGAAGAAAUGUCUGAGGAGAUGGUUGGCAGGAGUGAGAGAGCCCCCCUCCUUUCUGGUUAUGCCUGUCAGAACGCUGUAACAGUACCUACCUCCCAAUCUUACCGAUCAAAUUACCUACCUGAUGACUAUGGUGUUCUGAUUCAAGCUGAGGCACAAGAUGCAGAAAAGGAGGAGGAGGAAGAGGGGUCUAUUCGAAUCAACUGGGACCCCAAGACCAGAAAACUAAUUCUGCCAGAAUUAGGGAUGGAGUUCAACAAAGAGAGUGAUGUGGUGCAGGGAGAGAAAGAAAGGAAGAGCCAAAGUAGAGCAGAAGAGGAAGAUGUGAUGCAGGGUGGGUUGAGGUUAGAAGCGGUGUUUGUCAGACAAGGAUCUGAAGAAAAGGCAGAAGCUCUGAGGGAGAAGGAGAGAAGAGAGGAAACAGGGUGGGAGGCGGGUGAUCCUUUGAGCAAAUGGGAUCUGAUAAUCCCUAUGGAUCAGUAG